UUGUCGAAACAUGAUUUGCCAGUGGCAGAGAGAAGUUAUAUCUCCGAAAUCCUAGAAAAUAUUUAACGUGCUUGAACAUGAAUACCUAUGUCUGUACGAAAGAAUUUAUGGCACUGAAGAACGUGUAGCCUCCGUAAUUCCGCGAAUACGAAACUAUACCUAUGUUUGCAAACUCUGAUUCUCAGUUCCGCGACUCCUCUAGGGCUUUUGUUGUCGCUCAUCAAAGUCGCACGGGGUCAAUCGAGCGACGGCCAAUUCGAAGUUAGGUGGUAAUCCUGUCAGUCGUGAUCGGUAUUUCGUAUAGAAUGUAUCGUGCUGCUUAUACGAAUCGGUGAAAUGUGUCAAAAAUUUUGAAUAAUAUUUAUAAUAAUACGAAACUGAGAUCAUUGAGCAUCUUCGCUUGUUCCGAACUUAUAGUAUAGUACAAGUAUGAGAAUUAAAACAGUCCCAAGACACAGAAUGCUCCAAAGGAGUAUUGCGUCUGCAUCAAGGAACUCUUCGGAAGACGGUGAUGUUGGAAAAGAUUACGAUUCUACAAAUGCAAUAAACAGUCGAGGUUCAUACCAGGCAUACACAUCACAUUCAAAUAUUCUUAGUUCGAACAAAGAGAUGACUUUAUCUUCCACGCCAAAUUCAUCGCUGCCGAUUAACGACAGCAACAAUAACGAGGUCAUAAACUUGUCAAUAAAGGAUACUUCUAAUCACGUUAACGACACUGCAUCAGAUACCUUCGCUGAGCCAGAAGAUAAACUGAAGGAUUCCUUUCUCUAUAAAAUUAUGACCGAUCCAAAUUUUCUCAAGAAUAUACAGAGAAAUAAGCAGAAGAAAUACGCCUGCCUCUUUUGCAAGGAGGAAUUCGCGACGUACGAGAAAUUGACAAAUCACAUGGACCCGAAAAGGAACGAGAGCAAUCACAUUAUCUGUUGCGCCUGCAAAAAGACGUUCGCCACGAAAAGAUCCCUGAAGCACCAUCAGAAAUGUCACUUCGGUUUCAAGAUCAAGUUCACCUGUGACAUUUGCACCAAGAAGUACACGAGGCUGGACAAUCUGGCAAGACACAGUCUGCUACACAUCAAUCCCUGUAGGUUCUCUUGUACAAUGUGCAACAAAACGUUCACGCGCAAGGAUUUGUUCAACAAGCACCGCAAGAGUCAUGAAAAGAGUAAUCUCUAUUGCGUGAAAUGCGGUAAGUACUUGAGAACCAUUCUGACCCUGGAGAAUCAUCAAAAACUACAUUGCGAAGCGUCGAACGCUUCGGCGAACGUGGUCGUUUACAAGACCGAGAGUUCAAUUCAGACUGAGAAUCUGCAGAGCCGGGAAUAAGAUUUACGACACUCACGAUUUAAUUCUGGAUGAGAAUUUACUUUGUAAUCGAUGAUGUAACUCGCAAAAUUUUGAAUUUACUUCUUGACAUUUAUUAAACUAAGAUGUACAGAUACAUGGUCUAGUCUCUGUCUCUAAUUUUUCAGUUUUUUCAUAAAUUUUGAUAUUCAAAGAUAAAAUUUAAGUGUUAUCGAGUAAAGUACGUCGUAUUUUACAAAAAGACAUAAAUUUGUAAUGUAAAAAUUCUUUGUCUGUAUGAUUUAUAAAUUUAUAUUGAUAGUCGCAAUUUUCUUGAUUUGGCAUAAAAAGCUAUGAAAUUAAGUAGAUAUAUCUUCAAACUUUGUAUGUUAAAUAUUUAAUAUGUACACGUGAUAUGCACAUAUUGAUGUAUUAUUAUAAUUUAAUAAUUUGUUAUUUAUGUUGUGCUAUUAUUACUGUGAUAUUUACAUUUCUUGAAAUCGUUAUCUACAACUUACUGAUUACUUAAGUAAUGCAUAAUAAUUACUAUUAUCAUAAACAUUAAAUAAUGUUAUUUAUAUCAACUCUUAUUUCAUUGUUACAAUUACGACAAGAAUAUUUUUCCAACUAUAUAGGAAUAUAUUCGAAUUUGUAUGAAAAGAAAAGUUAUUUUUCCUGUAAUAUAUCACCUUGGUUCAACUGACAA